AUCCGCUUUUUCCCCCACGCCUAGCCUCCAGCUCUGCUGUCUCCUCUGCUGGGAGGGUGGUCGAUCAUGGAGACGUCCGUGUCUUCCCCGAGUCUGUACACGCUGAACGUGCCCCAGGCAGCAGGCAGGGAGAGGACCACGAACAGCACGUCUAGCGAAGAGUACAUCAUGAUGUCCAUGAAAAAGCGUGCCUCCUCCCCGUUCUCAAACCAAGGUAGUAGGUUCAGGGAGCGUGUUCCAGCCAGCCCCCACCGCACUUAGUGAUAAUACGCGGUGUACCGUUUCAGUGUAUAUUAUACUGUUCCUGAGCUAUUGCUUGUGCGUCCUCCAUCCUUCAAUCUAAAGCCCCAGCCCUCUUCCGUGUGUGACUAUGAUGCACCCUUGUAUGCCCUCUACAGCUCCUCAUUGUCCGCCGGUGACAAACAACCUCAUCUGUAUUGCCAUGGUCGGUCUGCCAGCUCGAGGCAAGACCUACAUUGCCAAGAAACUGGCUCGCUACCUGCGCUGGAUAGGCCUCGACACCAAAGUGUUCAAUGUGGGGGAGUACAGAAGACAGAAUUGUGGAGCCAGCAAAUCCCAUGAUUUCUAUCACCCUCACAACGAGGAGGCCAAGAAACAGCGAAUGGAGUGUGCUCGCCUUGCUCUAGCGGAUAUGCAGCAAUUCCUCCUAAAAGACGGAGGCAAAGCAGCGGUUUUCGAUGCCACCAACACUACAAAGGAGAGGCGUGCACUCAUAUUGGAGCAGUGUCUGCCUUUCGGUAUAAAGGUGUUCUUUGUGGAGUCUAUCUGCGAUGACCCCCAGAUUAUCCUGGAGAAUAUCAAGGAGGUGAAGCUGUGCAGUCCUGACUACAAGGACACUGAAGUGGACACAGCUGUUGUUGACUUCCAGCUGAGGAUCAAGAACUACGAGCUGGCCUACGAGCCACUGGACACCAAGACUGACAAAGAACUGAGCUGGGUAAAGAUUUAUAACGUCGACGACAGGUACGAGGCCAACAGGAUAGAAGGACAUUUCCAGGCCAGACUGGUGUACUACCUCAUGAAUGUACACACGCAGCCUAGAUGUAUAUACCUCUGUCGGCAUGGUGAGAGUGUCUGUAACCUGUACGGGAAGAUUGGAGGAGAUUCACCUCUCUCCCACAGAGGAGAACAGUUUUCCGAGGCCCUCAAAGACUUCAUGGAGGAGCAGCACAUGCACGGAUUCAAGAUCUGGACCAGUCAGUUGAAGAGAACAGUGCAGUCAGCCAAACACCUAUCUGGUACUGUGGAACAGUGGAAGGCCCUCAACGAACUUGAUGUGGGAGAGUGUGAGGCGAUGACGUACGAGGAGAUCCACGAGAAGUUCCCAAAGGAGUUUGCUCUGAGAGACCAGGACAAGUUCCACUACCGCUACCCAAAGGGGGAGUCCUACGAGGACCUAGUCCACAGACUGGAGCCUGUCAUCAUGGAACUGGAGAGGCAAGAAAAUGUGCUGGUCAUCUGUCACCAGGCUGUGAUGAGAUGUAUUGUGGCCUACUUCAUGGACAACACCAAGGAGGAGUUGCCCUACAUCAAGGUCCCUCUACACACCAUUGUCAAACUCACCCCUGUCGCCUAUGGUUGUAAGAUGGAGCAGUUCCCGGUACCAGUUGCCUGCGUUGACACAUACCGUAGUAAACCCAAGACCUCAAGUUUGUGUCGCUCAGAUGACGAGGCUCUCGAAACUGUCCCCAGCCACUACUAGCCACACCAGAUGACAAAUCUCUAACUCAAUGCUGCGACACACAACGUACAUACAUACUACAACGGACAUGUAUACACAUGAACAAGAUAUUCAUUUUUAUAAUUUGUGGAAUGAAAGAUUUUUACAGUUCUAUGGUUGCACAUUAGUGUUUUUCACCAAUCUUUGCUAUGGAUUUUUUUUGGGUGAGUGAAUGCAACAAAGUCAUAAUUGUAGCUUACGUGAUGUUCACGCAUGUGGCAACAAUUCAGUACUAUAGGUAAGCUUGUGUGGGAUCGCUUUGCUCGCUAACGUUUAUGCAUUCGUCAUAGUUGUAAUUUGUACAUACACCACUCUGUUUUAUGACCUAUGUUGACCAUGUGAGUGUGUAGAUGUCAGUUACUGUUCACAUGUAGUCUCUUGGGGUCAGCUUUCUCACAGCUAGGACCAGAGUAUCCUGGGUAGCAUUGGCAGUUGGUGCUGGAGCUUGGCAUGCAGCGUCCGUGACCGUGACAGUAGGUUUGACUGCACUUGCACAUCUGCUCAGUAAAGUUUCUGGCCAGUGGUCCCAUAUGAUCCCUCACAUAAUCAAGAAACUCGGGGAGAGCACGUUCGCUGCUGCUGCCCCAGAUGACCACUCCCUUAGCUCCAGCGUCAUACGGCCCCACCAGCCCUGACUUGAGGUCGUCCAUGUUCAGCAGCGAUUUACCGCCAUGAUAGUAGUUCCAGUGGAAGCCAUAUACUGGGAUCCUGUCUUCAGCUUUCCUGACUGUCUCCUUUAUCACUGAGUGGACGUAGGCUGCGUUUUCAUCCACAGUUCUUCCAGGAGGCAAGUAUAUGCUGGGAUAGAGAGCGGUACUUGAUUCCCAGACCAAGUUCUGCUCAUCACUGAACUGCCGGUAGAGUUUUCCAACUCCAGAGUCAUAUCCACACACCAUGGACUUUCCAUUACCGUCACAGGGCCCAUUGAAGUUCAUUGGCAGGCCAUAAAAUCCCCACUUGGCCUUUGGUCUAAGGGUGGCGAGUGUUCUGAGUGUUUCAGCAAAGAAGUCAAGAGCACUGAUGUUGAAGUUUUUUCUUGCCAGCAGAUAGAGUUCUUCAGUGUCCCAGUCUGGAUACUUUUCUUUCUCCAGCUCCAGAGAAUAUUCUAGCUAACCUGCGACUGUGCCAGUCUUCGCCAUCGCCGCCUGUGUUGAGCUCCCAGACCGUUGUCCAGGACUCGAAGUCAAGCACUGCAUUGCCUGCCCAGUCAGGGUCGGGAAUCCAGUGAGUCACGUCGCGAGCCAGUGUCCAGAGGUGCUCGGAGAGAUUGGCUCUCUGAGGGACUCCUCCGUUCACCGUGUGUCCAGUGGAGGAGAUGGUGGGAAAGACCCCCUGGGUCCAGGAGCUGCAGCCCGGGUUCGAGCAACUGUUCCCGGUCUGGGUGUAGUUGGCAGGGAAGAUGUUGUAGUCGGAGAUGUCGAUCCCCGGUGGGUCUGAGUCGGCCACGUUCCAGUAGAUCUCGUAGGGAAGAGGGUCGUAUGGUAGAUCGGAGCCCUGACAUACUGCACCUGCUAAUAGUAUGAGUGCAAGCGCCAAAGGUGAGCCGUAACGCGAGGCCAUCUUGAGAGUGUCUUGGGGGCGUGUCACACCUCUAUGACGUUUGGAGGAGGGGC